AUGGCAAUCAAACCAAAAAAGAAGGGCAAGAUGUACUCCUCAAGAUCGGUGCGGUCACAGUGGUUUAAUAGGCUUGGUUUCCAGCAAAAUAAGUAUGGGACUUGUAAAUUUUUGUCGAUCAUAACGGCCUUCGUCUGUAUCCUUUAUUUCUUCUCCAAUCGAUUCUAUCCAACGUCCCGUUCCACGAGUGUAUCAUAUUCCCCAUCCCACGGUCUGUAUAUUAACGAAAUUCCUGCCUCUAGUCAAUUGAUUUAUCCACAUGUAGAACAUGUACCUGUGUUAAAGCAAAUCACCGUGAAGGGUCUCUAUGUUACAAGGCUAGAAAUUGAUGGCAGUAAAAGACUAAUUUUAAAAUCUGAAGAAAAUGCUAUGACGGAUGAAGAAAAGAAAGAUACUACCGAUCAAAUCCUGUUAGUGAAACACUCAUUUUUGGAUCACGGUAAGUUAGUAUAUCGCAAGAACAAUGAUGCACCUGAAGUGGUUGUGGUAACAUUAAUAGAUUUUGAAAAUUAUGAUCUAGAAACGAUUAUUCAAAUUGUUCAAAAUAGAGUUGAUUACGCUCUAAAGCACAAAUAUGGUGUCUAUAUUCGCUGGAUUCAGGAAUUUUUGCCCAUUCUGGAAAACCAAAACCUGGCUGAAAGUUACGAAUUCGUUAAGCCACUGAUGGUAAGAGCUGCCAUGCAUGCGUUCCCAACUGCCAAAUAUAUUCAUUUUGUUGAUCAAGAUGCCCUGUUGAUGAAUCUUGAUCUCUCUUUACAAAAAUACCUUUUAGAUCCUAAAAUUCUAGAUUUGGCUUUGCUAAAAAACGUACCUGUUGUAGCCAAUUCCAAUAUCAAAACAUACAAUCAUUUUGAGUAUAGCUCAGCAAAGAUCAUCAUUCCACAUGAUGCUAAUGGUAAUAUCGAUACGUCCUCCUUUGUCGUUGCCAAUGACUUUUAUGGACAAGCUUUGAUAGACUACUUGAAUGACCCACUACUAAGAAAUUUCCCGUGGGAUCCUACUGCUGAUAAAUUGAGUUCUGCUAUUGGUCACAUUUUGCAAUGGCAUCCUACGUUGCUGGGCAAGACCGCAAUCGUCAUACCAAAGGUUUUAGCAAGUCAAUACGAUGCAUCUCUCGAUCAGGGAGGAAAAUCAGAAAAUGCCGCUUCUGGUGGUGAUCUUUACCAUUACAAUGAAGGUGACUUAGCAGCUUCCUUCAAGGGCUGCAGAGCCAGAGGUACAUGUGCAAGUGAGAUAAAUCACAUGUACAGCAAAAUCAAGAAAAACUGA